AUGAAGCUCUUCGCACUCACAUCCCUGCUCGCUGCUGUUGCUGUCGUCGCCGCGGCUCCCUCGGUUCCUGGUAGCGAGAGCAGCAUGAAACGGUCGGACGCUGCGGAUGUUGAGGCACGUUGCAUGGGCAGUGGCUGCUCCAAUCAGGGAUGCCUUUGCUCAGUUCAGUCCUCCUCCGUUCUUUCCAACAAACCGUCCGCCACACCGACUUUCGUUCCUAUGUUUGCAGCUUGA